AUGCCUGUUAGCCAGCUUCAGAAAUCCCGUCUCCAACAACCAGAUGUGAGGUCUCCGUUAUUGCGGAACGACAUAGGUCAAGAUGGCUCCCCUAUCUCGGCCCAAGCAAUGACCACAAAGCCAAACCCAUUAGUAGAUUUUAAGCAGCACCAGGCCGUCCUCCCUCUAGAACGGCAAAGCGAGAAAGUUGUCCAAGACCUUAUCAAUGCCGCUAUUGGCUGUAUCACAUAUCUUCGAGGCCUAAUCCCAGAAAAAAGCUUUUGCGACAUGAGCUAUGGCGGAGGGUCCAACGAACCCCAACCUCAAACUCAAUCCGGAGUUGCCAGCCAAGAAUCCGACAAGACCGCGAAAAAGAAAGAGACAGGAACCCGAGUAAAGCAUAUCCAGCGUGGAUUCUCCAUUGAGGCUGAUACCUUACUUGACUUGAUUGAAAGCGGUAUCUUUGAGGCUUUGAGCAAAGGGUACCUUAAAGCCUUCCAACUAGCCGUUUUUCUGGACAUCGAUCAUCCAGAAGUUAUUCAAGAAGCAUACACAUUCUCUAUCAACUACCACAGAAAAGAAUUCGGGAAAUCGAUAGAUAUCAAAGACAUAACUCUAAGUACAACUGUGCAAAAUGGUGCUACCCAUGACCAAUCAGCUGAACUGUUGAAUUUCGCUCAAAUCAACCGGUCUGUGAGAGCCUUGAUUCGCCGGUUGAUUGUCAUAACUCAAAAUUUAGACUUGCUACCUGAAAAUCGAUACCUUACUAUCAGACUGUACCAUACGUCUGAUACACCAGAGGACUGGGCACCGCCCAUGUUCACACAGUCAACCGGUAAACCCCUUCGGUUCGACGGCGAUAUCUCUAGCAAAUUAAGUGAUGAGAUUUUCGGAACUAUGGGAACAGGGCUACAUACAGUACAGGUUCGGGUUACUUCAGGGAAACGGACCUUUUCAGAAGCCCGGGCGGAUACGAGUGAUUCCGAUGGAGGGACCGCGCAUCUACCGAAGCGGCACUGCUACGGUGGAUCCGUCUCUGCACAUGAUUUCAUACAAUUCGCACCACCUCGCGGCCACCUUCCAUACAUAGGAAGGACAACCCACCUCUCUUCCCAAAAUAGCUUUUAUAGAAAGCGGAAUGGCAUCACAGAUAGUCCUAUGUUGACGUCAAGUGAGAAGGAUAAGGUUGUUGAUGGCUCCUCGUUUGAAACUCUUACCGUAGGGACUGCAUAUACAGGCCAAUUUAACACGCAAGCUCUUGAAAGCAUUUGCCCACCUACUAAAGAUCAAAGUCCACAAAAGCAAGACACGCCGCCAAUUCUUGAACUAUGUCGGUCAUCAUCGGUGGUCCCCGCGUUGCGGCUAGGGGAGCUUAAAAUAGAGGAGCUAUCAAAAACGGCCCAAGAAAGUGAUCGAUCCGAAAUGUACAAGCAGCAAGCCGGGAAUAAUCAAAUCAAGUGUGAAUGUGGCGGGGAGGCCGAAAACAUGGAUUCUGUAUUCUUUCUGCCUCCUAAACCCCCGAUCUUUGAUAAGUCUAAAGCUAACAAUACUCGGGCUUCCGAAUAUUCAGAUUCAAUGCGAUCUAUGUGA